UUUCUCUCCGAGCCCGGGGAUGGGUGCUGGUUUCUCGGGAUCGCCUUAACUCUUAUGUGGUUUAUUCAGUAUCCAGCACCGGCAGUCGUUAAGCGAGAAGACAAUGAAUCUAAUCCAGAAAAGAAGUCAAUAGAUAUUACAAAUGGUGAAUCAAUCAAAAUUAUUGACAAGGAAACCACUCCAGAAUAUCGACCUCCAGGCACGCUCCCAAAUAGUGCAAACAUGUUAACAAAUGCAUCACGUGGUUUACUAUUGCGCCUGCUAGAACGGGAUCCCCGAGUUCGCAUGAGAAAUCUAAGACAAUUACAACAAAGCGCUUUUUACAUGGGAUUCAAUUUUGAACAUGUCAAAGCUAGAAAGAUGUCACCUAAAAUUAUGUUUGAGCACUACUUUCCCGAUGGACUCCCUGAAACAUCAGUACAAGAUCUCAAAGAGCUUAAUGCUUUGUUUGAUCAAGCUAAAAUACAAUAGUUGAUAGUUCUAAAUAAAUGUGAUCAUACAAUAAUACAUGUAUUGUUAUACAUAUAGGUGCCAUAGUAAUAGUAAAUGAAGUGAAAUGUUUAAUCUUGUUUUACAACUCCGGUAUUUGACCGCCAUCUGUUGUAUUUACUGCAUAAUUCAUUCCAUAUUACAACAUUCCAAUACAGGCAGUAAAGGCUAUUAAAAUGAAUCUCAAGAAAUUAUUAGUCAAAACUAUAUCGUCAAC